AUGGGAGUUGAAAGCGACGAAAAGAGCGUUGACGCUGGCGCUGUGAAGAUGGCGCCGUCGACGCACAAUACCAGUAUUGCUGGAGGCACCCAUGUGACCACCAAUGAACCCAAAAUGAGAACCGCCAAGUCCGAAGUCGGCAUUAAAAGCAGCGUCAAUACGAACGACUCUGCUGCUGCCAUGGUUGGUAUACACUACGAAGGAGUGGUGGAAGAUCUUCAACGUCGAGGACUGCACAGAUAUGCAGAUGCGCUGUUGGCGUUGUCGGAGCAUCUUCAGGAGCAAGAAGAACAUGCGGAGAGUACCGUUGCCAGCAAGAAUAGUAUGGCCCCGAGUGCCCAGUGCAAGGAAGACAGCAUACAUCCGGAUAAAGUCCUGAGCGUCUCGAAACUUGGCGCAAAGAGCGGCAAGCCUGGCGCAGCGCAAAAUGGUUCCUUGGUGGAACGGUCCAGGAUCAUUGCGACACUCUUGGAUCUGCCAGACGAUAUAACCAGCAUUACGGCUGUGGUGGAAGAAGGGAGUGAUCAGAGUGGAAUCUUUGGUUCCAAUCUUCCUCGACCAACACAAGAUGUAGCUGGCUCAUCCAAUUCGGCACCACCCCUCAACUUUACGCAGAGUUCCUUCAUCCAAUUACCCUCGGCCAAUCCUGGAGCCUUCAAUGUUGUACCCAGCAGCGCUAAUCCAAUGCAAGAAGUGAGUGGAAGUAUCACCAUUGGAGGAAGUGUCACUGUCGGAACCAAGGGUGAACCAUCAAGUAUCCAACUGCCGCCAACAGAGGAAACCACCUUGGAAGCUGUCCGCGUCGAUGAUAUUCUUACUGUCCAUGCCGAUCCGAUGGAUGGAAAGGAAGACAGGAAUAUAAAUCAGAAGAAGGUGCUCAAGGCUUGGUUGGGCAGUGGCUUUUGCUUCUUGGUUGGGGUUAUGUUGUUGAUUAUUGCCUUGACCACCACAAAGAACAAGAAUAACGAGACCAUGACUCCUGUCCCCGCCGUAACACCAAGUCCCACCUUUGCUCCAGAUGACCGUUUUGACUUGCUACGAGACUUCUUUGUCAGUGCAUUGGCCCCAUAUUAUAGCCAAGGUGAUGACACUGGCGACAUGACUAACGGCACAGACUUGGUCCAACUUGUGUUUCAUCACGAGGACUCUCCUCGGUACAAGGCACUCGAAUGGAUGGCCUGGAAUGACACCGAGAUUGAGACAGCCAUCCCAUUGGACUACAUCACCUUUAUGGACCUGCCGGCAGGCCACAAUAAUCAUGAUACCAAGCUGCCAGAUGAAUCCCAGCAGCGUCUCCUCCAACGCUUUGCCCUGGCGGCCUUCUACUUUGCCACUGGUGGUCCCACAGCAUGGAGUGAGCAGUAUGAGUUUUUGGCACCUGGACAUGAAUGUGACUGGUCCGGGGCACUACAGUGCUCCGAAGUUGUGCCAGAAGAUGAUGAUGCUUUCACCCUGGAGAGCAAUGGUGGACGCAACCAAUCAUUCUCUGUGAUUACUGGCAUUGAUUUGAAGGAAAAUGGUCUCACAGGUUCUCUAACCCAGGACCUAGGUGCGCUCUCUCAUCUUAAAUCGAUCAAUCUGUUUGGCAAUGCCUUGACAGGCACAUUUCCAGCUUCACUGGCCCAUCUUACAGCCUUGACAGACCUAACAGUGGCCAACAAUCGCAUGGACGGGACCAUCCCUGAAACCUGCCUUGCCAGCUGGAUGGAAAUGCAGUCACUAAAGCUUGGUGACAAUUCCUUUUCUGGAACACUACCGUCGGAGAUUGGCUUGAUGGUGAACCUUGUUGCGUUUGGAGCAGAGAGAUUGUCAUGGCAAGGAACGGUUCCAAAAGAGCUUUUCCAAAAGUUGACAAACUUGGAAUUCUUGGAAAUGUCCAACAUGGUAUAUGGCUUUGUCAAUGAUACCCUCCCAACCCAUAUUGGCUUGUGGACAAACCUGAAAUCCCUCAUAAUGCAUGGUUCAAAUCUAGUCGGAAGCAUUCCAAUCGAAAUUGGAUUGGUCUCAAAUCUGAAGCGGCUUCAAUUGGCAUCCAACCACAUGACAGGGCCACUACCAAGUGAGCUUGGACUUCUGACAGCCAUGACACGGCUUCAGCUGUCUGUGAACGGUCUCACUGGCACAGUCCCCACCUCAUUUGUCAACUUUGAAAGUGUGAAACGAUUGGAACUGCAGAACACACUGUUGACAGGAGAUGUGAGCUUCCUAUGUAAUGCCAUUGAGGCUGGUAACAUGACCGCCAUUGACAACUUCAGGAUGGAUAUGGCCGAGGUGUCAGGUUGCUCCUGCUGCAGUUGUUGUGAGUAUUGA